CUCGAAGAUGCAACUCAUUGAUCUUUCGGUCUUCUUUCCCCUGGUAGAGCGAGAACUCAGCGACGGCAGAACUGUUGCUAUCUUUCUUCCUAGACUUCUUGCAAUUUCAAUUCUCGUGAGACGAAAUCGAUGGCUUCCAUCCCAACUGUUGCUUCCUCUGCUUGUUCUGCUUCUUCAUCUGCUGCCUUUCCUGCUUCGUCUCGGCUAGGGAAACCGAAAUCAUGCUGCCCUCUCCCUUCUGCCGUCUCAUUUCCGGCUUCACCGUUUCUGCCUCGUCCCAGGAGGAGGAUUGCCUUGGCAGUGGCGGCAGCUGGUUCGAAGAGCAGUCUUCAGAAGGACAACAAGAAAGCGGAUGAGGAAGAGGAAGUGAUAGAGGUGGAGGAGGACUUGCCUUGGAUUCAAGAGAAGGCGUUGGACCUAGUCGAGUUCACAGGGUCCGUCACUCAGGCAAUUCCCGGGCCGAGAGUCGGUCACAGCAAACUUCCAUGGAUCCUUGCCCUCCCUUUGGCUUACGCCGGCGUUACAUUCGUUAUUGCCUUUGUUAAGACCGUCAGGAAAUUGUCUUCUCCCAAAACCAAGCGCCGGCGACUGGUCAAUAAAAACGCUACCCUGUGUAGAUCCAUUGACGAGUUGCUUCAGAGUGGGGGAGAUGAAUUGCAGCCUUCAGCUUUGGAAGGGCUGAUGAAGAAGACAGGUUUCACUAUGGAGGACAUUCUGCGCAAGUAUAUCCGAUAUGCACUGAACGAGAAACCAUUCAAUCCAGAACUGGUUGCCGACUUGAUCCGGCUCAGGGUAGCUUCGCAGUUGAGUGACCCCCAAAUGGCUUCAAUUCUGAAUGAGAUCUCUCGGCUGAUUGUACGUGACAAAGGCCCUGUUGUCAUGGAUGUGUCAGGAUAUACUGAAAAGGGAUUUAAGAGAAAGCUUGCUGUUCAGGCCCUAUUCGGGAAGGUCUUUUAUUUAUCAGAGUUACCAGAGCUAUGUUCAAGGGACAGCUCGCUGGUGGUGAAGGAGAUAUUUGGGGUUACAGAUGAAGAUGCUGAUCAACUACGGGUGCACACCUUCUCAGAAGCCGGCGAGAUGGAUUCACUAGAAAGGAUGGUGGAUGGUGGUUCCGAUUCAGAUGGAUCUCCCGAUGAGGAAUCAAAAUCAGCUUAGUGGGAAAUUGGAUUAAGUUGUUAUGAUAUCAAAUGUCGACCUUAGAGGUUUUCCAUUGAAGAGCUGAUUGUAAGAUGCCCAUAACACGGGCUGAUGUUCCGGUUGUGUCGAGAUUUUUUGUUAGGUGUUUGUAUUUUGGUACGAGUUUUUGAGGCUAUACUGAUAUUGGAGAUGGUGGUUGAGGAGAGAAAUGGCGCCUCCUUAGAGAAUGCAUCCUUUUGAAAGGGAUGUUGCACGCAUGCCAUGACAUGAGACAUGGAAGUAGCAGUCAUGGCUCAUGCAAUCACUUCUCCAUGCCACAUUCUGCAACAAAAUCGGGAUGGGCUGUCGGCCCAUGGGAAGGCCCACGCCACGAUGACAAAAAGAAGCAAGUCUUCCACCCACAGGUUUAACACGAUGUCACGACUAGGGCGGUUAAUGAGCCGAGCCGAGCUUUGUCUUGUUCAUGUUCGGUUCAUUUAUAAACGAGUCGAGCUCGAGCCCGACUCAGUUAUUAACGAGCCGACUCGAGUCGAACACUAGUCAGCUCAUUUAUUGAAUCUUAACACAUCGUUAAGAUCGAACAUUCGGCUCGAGCUCAACUCUAAGAUAAUCUAUAAUAUAAAUACCAUAAUAUU